GUGAUGGUCACCAUUGAACUACCUUACAUUUUACAAUGUAUCACAAACCAAGCUUGUUAACCGGAGUCUGUUUAUCCUAUUAAUUUACUCUAUCCCAUUAACCUGCUGCCUUGGCGCCGCUGCAUGGAUAACGGUACUACCGGGACUGGUAAUUUGGGGAAAUUAUGGAAAAGACAAAUGAUUCAAUGAAGUUGGGGGGAAUAAUCAUUGUGCAUUGAUGGAUUCCCAAUGCAUUAUUAAUAACGGAUUAAUAUAUAAGAAUGGAACCAAUUACAUCUUAUUAAUCUCAUGAGAUCAUCUUUGACCAAAGACCUGAUGAAGGAACUUGCCAGGACCAGUAUGACUACAGCGGGGAUGGAUCUGCGUCUGCUGAGGGCGCACCAAACAACCACUGCAACUUUGCCAAUUCUGAGCCCCAUGGAAAAUGACACGACAUGCGGGAUGCAGAUUCUCAGCCACGGGAAUGUGGAGAAGGUUAUUAUCGGAGGAGUUCUCACUGUGCUCACUUUGCUCACCAUUUGCGGGAACUUACUUGUGGUGAUAUCCGUGUGCUUUGUGAAGAAGCUGAAGCAGCCCUCCAAUUAUCUCAUCGUUUCCCUGGCGGUCGCGGACCUGUCUAUAGCGGUGGCGGUGAUGCCUUUUGUCAGCAUCACGGACCUCAUUGGGGGGCAGUGGAUCUUCGGACAGGUGUUCUGCAACGUUUUUAUUGCCAUGGACGUGAUGUGUUGCACUGCAUCAAUCAUGACCCUGUGUGUAAUAAGCAUAGACAGGUACCUAGGCAUAACUAAACCCUUGACCUACCCUGUGCGACAGAGUGGGAGAUGCAUGGCCAAAAUAGUUCUGUCUGUGUGGCUGCUGUCGGCCUCCAUCACCCUUCCCCCGUUGUUCGGCUGGGCCCAGAACGUCAACGACGACAAGGUGUGUCUAAUCAGCCAGGACGUGGGCUACACUAUCUAUUCCACCGCCGUCGCGUUCUACAUCCCCAUGUCGGUGAUGUUGAUGAUGUACUACAACAUCUACCGAGCGGCCAAGGUGAGUGCCGCCAAGCACACCAUCCAAGGCUUCCCCAAGUUGGAGGACGAAUGCAACAGUGUUGACUGCGUGGCCGCGGCCCUUAAGCUCCAGAAGGAGGUAGAGGAGUGCGCCAGUUUCUCUCGUCUGCUGAAGAACGACAGGAAAAACAUCUCCAUCUUCAAACGGGAACAGAAGGCGGCCGCCACCCUGGGCAUCGUGGUGGGGGCCUUCUCCGUCUGUUGGCUGCCCUUCUUCCUUCUGUCCACGGCCAGGCCCUUCAUCUGCGGGCCGGAGUGUAGCUGCGUUCCCCUCUGGGUGGAGAGGUUCCUGCUCUGGCUGGGCUACGCCAACUCCCUCAUCAACCCCUUCAUCUACGCCUUCUUCAACAGGGACCUGAGGACCACCUACCGUAACAUCCUACUCUGCAGGUACAGGAACAUCAACCGCAAACUCUCCGCCGCCAGCAUGCACGAGGCCCUCAAACUGGCUGAGAGACCAGAUCUGGUGAUCUAGCUAGAACAGUGUUUCUUAAACUUCUCGUUUCACUCACAGAGACCGGCAAGCUAUGGUUUGGAUGAAAAAUAGUAUUUGACAUUUKACUAAAUUGAGGCAGAUAACCCUCUGGACCAGUCAGCAAACAUUGCUCUAGACUGAGGAAUCCUAUUCAGUUCAUGAGUAGAGGAAGGCUAUGUAAAUGUAUAGAAAAUAACUUAUUAUUGUUCACACCUGGCACACACAAGAAUAUUAGCUCCACAUUUUGUCUGGUUAUUGGGACAGACCCAAACCAAGCGUCAGAUUACAAUGUAAAAAAUUAAAUGUUAGAUGACGGUGAAAUGCAGAGAACAUUUUUCGAUAGCAUGGCACACUCUUGUAUUGGAUGAGAGGACAAAUAAUAGGCUAUGGCUGUGAUACGACAAACGACGCCGUCAUGUUAUUUUGUUAGAUAUAUCACUGUGUAUUUGGUACUUGAAAUUGAAAAUCACACUCGAUGCAUAAAGUUUGUGUGAGAAAAAAAAAAGAAAGAAAAAAAACAUUUUAAAGUUAAACAAUAUGCACCACAGAUGGUGAGCCAUGGUUCCAGUUAUGUAUAUUGAGUAACAGGAAAAAUGUGUUCAAUGAACCACCUUCGAAACCAUUUGUGAAAUUGUAAUUAUUAUGUGUAGAAUUUUGACCAAACUCAAAGUCAUGCAACCCAAUUAUGUUAGUAACAUAUUUAUAUCUGCUUGACAGUUGGUCAUAUGGACAUAUUUCGUCAAAUGUACCAUGCACUUUAGAGCAUAAGUAGUUUUGAGCCUUCAGCAGAGCACUUAGCCCUAAUUGCUCCUGUAAGUCGCUCUGGAUAAGAGCAUCUGCUAAAUGACUCAAAUGUACAUGUUGAUAUGAUAAGAACUGGGAUUAACCCUUCAUUGUACAGCACAUACUGUGAAUAUAUUUUAUCAAUAUAUUAGUAUUUGAUCAGUCAUAUUAAGCUAGGCCUUUUUCAAGUAUACUGAAAUAUUCAAUGUUCAAUAUAUAUUUCAAGUAUAUUCAAGUAUAUUGUAGAGAAAAACCUUAUGUUGAUAGGGAUGACAUUGGCCAAGGUUGACUAGGGUGAAUAAUGGUACAUAAAUGUUUGAUUGUAAUGGUUUUGAUUUGUUCAUUUAUUCCAGAUGUUUUUAUUUUUAUUUAAACAACAUAUCUGAGAACGAGAAGGAACAGGUU